AUGCCGCAGCGCCGCCAUGACGACGAUCUCGCCGCGCCGCUGCUUCCCAAUGCGCCGUCAUCGCCGCCCGCAUCACACGCGAUCGGCGCGCUGACCGCGGCGGCGGGGCGAAAUGCCGCGUCGCCGUCCGCGGAGCACAUCACCGUUGCCGUCGUGCCGCCGCGCGCCGUUUACUCCACGCCCUUCGUGCAGGCCGGCGUCGUCGGCGGUAUCGCGGGCGGCGUCGUCGGCGUCGCGGCCGUCGCAGGCGCGCCCGCUCCCCCUUCGGCGCUGAUCGCCGCAGCCAGGGGGGAUCAUAGCGGCUCUGGCUUGGGGCUGGCGGCGUUGGCGGAACCGGCUGCAGGGGGAGGGGGAGGGGGAGGGGGAGGGGGAGGGGGAGGGGGAGGGGGAGGGGGAGGGGGAGGGGGAGGGGGAGGGGGAGGGGGAGGGGAGGGGGAGGGGGAGGGGGAGGGGGAGGGGGAGGCCCGCGGCAGCAGCAGCCGGGGGCGCGCGAGCACGGAAGGGCGCGCCUUGCGGGACGCGGGUGGUGGGGGGUGUGUGGGCGGCGAGCAGAAGGACGCGGGCGGGGAGGGCAGUAGGCGGGCAACGGGCGAGGUGGGGGGAAUGGGAGGGGUGGGGAGGUUGGGGGAGGUGGGGGAGAGCAACAGUGCGCGGGAGCGGCGGUGGCAGGCGCUGCUGCGGUCGACAUCUUCGUACCACUACGGCCGGCAGCACAGCGCCACACUCAGCACUGACUCACCGCACUCCACCGCUCUGGCUUUGGACGACACGAGGUUCCACAGCAUGAGGGGGGAAAGCGAGUGGGACGAGAGGGGGGUUGAAGGGGCGAGGGGGAGGGCGGGCGAGGAGGAGGCGAGAGGCGCAGCGGGCGGCAUCGUGGGAUGGCUGCAUGCUGUUUGGCAUGGCGUUGCCACCAUCUUCCACCUCUUCCUCGCGUCGCUCCUCCGCCUGCCCGCCUCCACAGCGGCCCUGCUCACCCGCCAGCUGGACGACGCGAGGGCCAACCCCAAGCUGGUGUUGCUGGCGCUCAAGGGCGGCGGGGCGGCAGCGCUCACGGCGGCGCUGUGUGUGGUGGACCUGGACGACCGCCUGCCGUCGCUCGCGUCCAUCGGCGUGUGGGCCGUUGUCACCGUCGACCUCGUCUUUGAAGCCAACAUCGGCCUCUCGCUCGGCAAGGGUGUGAACCGAGUGCUAGGCACGCUACUGGCAGGAGCAGCAGCGCUGGCGGUGACGAACGUGGUGUCGCUCAUGGGCGGGCUGCACGUGGCCGUGCUGCUGCUGCUCGUCUUCCUCAGCGCCGCUCUUCCCAUCUACUACCGCAACCGCCCGCCCUUCAAAGACAGGUGGACAUACGCCAUGACGAUAAUGAUGCUCACCUUCCACAUCCUGCUGCUCUCCACGUACCGCAACCCCGAGAAGCUGCUGCUGCCGCUGGCGCGCUUCUCCAUGAUCGUGCUGGGCUUCCUCAUCGCCGCGCUCAUCAACCUCGCUGUCCUCCCCGCCUACGCCGGGGACACCCUGCACGCACUGCUCUCCAAGAACUUCGACUCUGCCGGCAAUCUGCUCUCCAGGUGUGUGGAGGAGUACGAGCGCGGCACGGUGUGGCGGCCCGUACCCACUCUGUGGAACAUGCGUACCGGGGUGGCGGGCGGGGCGGGCGCGCAGGGAGGCGUGGGCGACGGCAGUGGGGGGGAGAAUCUGAGGGAGAUGUACCAUGCCAUUGUCAUGAGCGAUGCCGAGCUGGCCGCGCUGCUCUUCGAGCCGCCUCACGGCCGCUUCUUCUCGGGCUACCCGUGGCAGCUCUACGAUGACGUCAGCGACACCCUGCGCUGCCUGGUGUAUGACGUCAUCGCGCUUGACUCGAGCCUGAGGGCGGAGAUCCAGGCGCCGCUGGUGCUGCGCCGGUUGGUGGGGCGCGAGAUGACACGCAUCGCCCAGGAGUGCAGCAGCACGCUGGCGUACCUGGCGCACUCAGUGCGCUCGUUCACGUGGGCGGGGCCGCCUGACUCGCUGUUCCGCGCCGAGGAAGCUGCCAUGAAGCUGCAGCACCGGCUGUCGAAGCACAUCAGCCUAAUCCUCAUGCUGCCGCCGCCCUCCCUCGCCCCCCGCCCCCUCGCGCUCUCCCGCCUCUCCGAGGGUGGAGGGGGAAGUGUUGGGGGCGCUGGGGGUGCUGGGGGGGGCGAGGACGGGUUUGACAGAUUAGUGGUGCAUGGGGGGGGCGAGGGGGGCGAGGAUGGGGGAUGGGCGGAGGAUGGGGAGGGAGUGGUGACGAGCUGCAUUGACAUGGGUGGGGAUGAGGAGGGGGAGGGCGGGGGAGAGGAGGGGAGAGGGCAAAAAAGGCUGAUGGAAUCUGCUUCGCCCAGAGUAGAGAGGCUCUCCCGCCCCGGCAGUCCUCUCUGCCUCUCCCCCCGCCACCCCCACGGCCUCUCACCCUCCCCCACCAUCGCCGCACCCGACUCGCAUGCACCACCACACAUGGCAGCGACAGCAGCAGCAGGCACAGCGGCAGGAAUGGGAGCGAUGGGCGCGAUGGGCGCCCUGACACCAUCAGAGAUGUCGCUGGCGGAGGGGCUGGCGGGCUAUGCUGCCACGUGGGGACCAGCAGGUGCCGGAGAGCAGGGCGAUGCAGCCGCAUCAGCGGGCGGCAUGGGGAGUGUGGGCGGCAUGGGGCGGAAGAAGCCGUCGGUGGCGGAGUGGCGGCAGGAGCUGCUGCAGCGGCAGGCGUCGAUGGGCGGCGCGUGGGAUCGCACGGUGGAGCGCAUUGCAGCGCUGUCGCUCGUCAAGGUGGCGGCGCUGCUGCUGGAGGUGGUGGCCAAGCUGCACUUCGUGGUGCAGCGAUCUGAAGAGCUGGCACUCGCUGCCCGCUUCGAUGUGACGGGGCAAUCCUAG